GUCACGAACUAUGAAACUUUCUUUGGUACUCGUCCUGUUUGCAGCCAUUUGUCUUGUGUGCUCCGGCAACUGGAGAUGGAGACACGGAAGACGACAUCACGGAGGUUGGCGACAAGGAGGAUGGCGACGUGGAGGUUGGCGUCACGGAGGGUGGCGACGUGGAGGUUGGCGUCAAUGGAGAAGUAACCACUGGAGACAGUGUCAGAACAAAAUGGAGGGUUUGACAGAACAAAGAAACAAGUUAAAGAAGGAACUGGACCAAUGUCUGCCAUCAUCGCCGAUUAGCGACUGCUGGGAUGUGAAGACACGCCAGAACCAGAACCGUGACGGCACGUACACGAUCGACUCACCAGCCGGGGGAAAGAUGAACGUCAGGUGUGACAUGACCACGGACAAUGGCGGUUGGCUCACCUUCGUCAGGCGGGUCAAGGGUGGUGUCGACUUCAACAGGCCGUGGAAAGACUACAAACGCGGAUUUGGCGACCUCGCAGGAGAUUUCUGGUUGGGAAAUGAUUUUCUUCACAUGUUCACGGCAGCAAAGGAUGUCGAGAUGCGGGUCGACAUGACUGACCAGGAUGGUAACCACGCUUACGCUGUGUACGGCAGCUUACACGUGGACGACGAGGCCCACGCCUACAGCAUCCACGUAUCCGGAACAUACAGUGGGAACGCUGGAGACGCGUUUCGCCCUAACUCUACACGGAAGGAGAAAUUUCAAAAUAACAGGGCGUUCCGGACCUACGACCGCGACAACGAGUUCGGCUGCGCGAAAUCCCACAAAGGCGGCUUCUGGUACAACAACUGCUUCUUUGUUCUAGCUACCGGGCCAUUCAAUUCCAUUAGAGGUAUUAUAUGGUUCACAUGGAGACGCCAUCACGCACUGAAAGAAAUCACAAUGUCAAUCAGACCAAAGGGAGUGGUUUAAAGAAUUGUUGUCUCCAGGUCUACAGUGCGGAAAUAUAAUAAUAUUAAAUUUAUUGAACUGUA